UCUCACCGGAAAGCGCGAUAAUAAACCAACCCGGGUUAGCUGAACACACACAGAGCACCUCGGUGUGUUUCCUGUCUCACUGGUCCAACAUGGCCUGGACAAACUACCAGCUGUUCCUCGCGGGACUCAUGCUAAUAACCGGAUCCAUCAACACGUUAUCGGCCAAAUGGGCUGACAUGUUAUCAGCGAAGGGUUGCCAUGAUGACCCUGAACAUGACUUCUCCCACCCCUUUUUACAGGCGGUGGGGAUGUUCCUGGGUGAGUUCUGCUGUCUCGUGGUCUUCCACAUCUGGCUUUGCCAUGACAGACGGAGGCCGGAACCAAGAAUAAACCCGGGCCAGAGGUUCAACCCUCUUCUGUUCUUUCCUCCUGCCAUGUGUGACAUGUUGGCCACUUCCAUCAUGUAUGUUGCCCUCAACAUGACGAGCGCCUCCAGCUUCCAGAUGCUCCGCGGAGCCGUCAUCAUCUUCACCGGUCUACUUUCUGUGGCGUUCCUGGGGCGGAAGCUGGCGGUCAGUCAGUGGAUCGGCAUACUGAUCACCAUCCUGGGCCUGGUGAUAGUCGGGCUCGCCGACUUCGCCACUGGUCACAGAGACGACUCGCACAAGCUCAGCGACGUCAUCACUGGGGAUCUUCUGAUCAUCAUGGCUCAGAUUGUUGCCUCCGUUCAGAUGGUGCUGGAGGAGAAAUUUGUCUACAAACAUGAUGUCCAUCCUCUUCGGGCCGUUGGAACUGAAGGCUUGUUUGGUUUUAUUGUCCUGUCGCUGCUGCUCAUCCCCAUGUACUUCAUCUACGUCGGCAACUUCAGCAACAACCCUCGGCACGUCCUGGAGGACGCCAUAGACGCCUUCUGUCAGAUCGGGCACAAGCCUCUCAUCAUUUUGGCUCUGCUAGGCAACACGGUCAGCAUCGCUUUCUUCAACUUCGCCGGCAUCAGCGUGACCAAAGAGAUCAGCGCCACCACUCGCAUGGUGCUGGACAGCCUGCGGACCCUGGUGAUCUGGGUGGUGAGCCUGGCCUUGGGUUGGGAGCAGUUUCAGGGCUUGCAGGUUCUGGGUUUCCUAGUCCUCCUGCUGGGCACGGCGCUCUACAAUGGACUGCACCGCCCCCUGCUGGCCAGGAUACCGUGGUGCGCCGCGAGGAUGGACUUGGAGGAGAGCAGCCCGGCAGAGCGAGAGCGGCUGCUGAACGACGGCAGCGUUCAGGGUGCGGACACGUAAAACUGCCGUCACCGUGACGCUGCGCCUUUCAGGAGUUCUGUCAGUCGACAUUUACACGUUUUCUGUUUACGCCUCAGAUUGUAAUAUAUCUUUUUUUUUAUUUUGUCACUUCAGUAGGAAAAAGAACUGAAUAUUAAUUUUAUUUCUUAAA